AUGUCAGUGCCCUUACCAUCCCCGUCACCUCUUACCCCACCCAUUAUAGCUUCUCCUUCCAGGGGUGAAGGCGGAGCUUCAGCAAAGGCCAUCCCUAGAUCACGUCCUACGCCCAUCUCGACCGGCCAGGCCCAUUCACCUUCAUCUCCUAGCUUCCGAAGUCGACCUCAACCACCUUCGUCAAUUUCUAGAUCCCUGUUGAACGACGAUAAUUGGCGCGACCGUUCACCUGUUCCCACAACAGCUACCGCCGCUACACCUUCUACUGCGACAACUGCAAAUGCGACCAGUGGGAAAGCCAAAGUGGUUGGUGGGUUCGAAAAGAGGGAAAUCAAAUCUGCGGGAUUGAAUGCUGUUUCGGGUCUCUCAGCGAAUAAGGAUAAGAAGGAUGGAAAAAGGGAUAGCAAAGAUAAAGAUGAAGCGGAAGGUGAUAAAGCCCUCAGUCACGUCCCAUGUAGAUUCUUCAAGGCUGGCGCUUGUACUGCUGGUGACAGCUGUCCUUUCUCCCAUGCUGCUCCUGACGCCGCUAAAAGAGAAAUCUGUCAAUGGUUCUUGAAAGGAAACUGUAAAUUCGGUCACAAAUGUGCCCUCGCACACGUCCGACCCGGAGAACCCAUGUCGAUGGACCGAAAGAACAAGAAGGCCGCUCAGCUCGAGGCUAGAGAACGGGGUGAUUCACUCGGUGCAUCCUCUGCUCCUCCUCCUGCACCAUCCUCUGGCACAGGUACAGGUAACACCAACGGUCUAGGCGAAUCUCCUCGACCGUUAGGUAUCAUGCGAGGAAGGAAGAACAGUACUUCACCCGGACAAGAACAAGUGGCUUCACCAGUACCUAUCAAGUCGGCUCUUUCAACUUCUAUGCAAUCCCCUCAAACUGGUAGAUUACCCUCUUCACCUCUUCGAGAACCUUUCGGUCCUCCCUCAGGAGCUUUACCCAACUCGCCCAACUCGGCUGGAUUUGCUCAUCCGAGAGGUAUCCAGGGAUUCGCUUCAUCUCCAAGUAGACCUUCACCCCUUUCCGCCUCGUUCGGAGCAAGCGGUUCAGUUCCAGGUCCACUAUCUCUCAAAGCCAGCUCGUCAAACCCACUUGGAUCUCCCCUCAGACCACCCGUCACGACCGCACCGGGAUUCUCGUCCUCUUUCUCACACCCCUCAUUGCUCAAUCAGGCUCAUGCAAGUUCACCAACCGUACCACUUUCAGCCUCAUUCGCAGGAGAUAACAAUUCCAACUUGCAUAAAUCCAUUUGGACCCGAUCCGAUACGCCUGACGAACCUCUUUCGCCUCAACGACGAAGACCUAUUCCUAAACCUACUAAAUCGAACCAGGACGCCGUGUUUAUCGAUGAUGAAGAUCACGGAGAGGACUUCUUACCUUCUUCGUUAUCUGAAUUACUCACUCCCAGGGAAAGAGCUAGAAGGAUGUCCAGGAGGGAUUCUCAAGGACAAGAAGAUUUCGCAUCUGCUUCACCUAGCGCCAGUGCCAGUGCAGGCAGGUACAGAAAUGCUUUGUGGGGCAAUGGUGACGGUAAUGAUCAUGGGAGAUUGGCUCAAUCUGCUGGGCCAAACCUUGGUCCAAAUGCUGGAGGGUUUUUACAAUCACUUUGGUCAGCUGAAGGUGAAGAUGCUAGAAAACAUCAAGCACCAAACGGAGAAGGUAAUGACAAUGGUGAGGAUGGGAACGAGGGAUUUGCAUUCGGACCUUCAACAGCUCAACAACCUAAAAGACAAACUUCUUUACUCACUCAACAAAGAUCACCUACUUCGCCCACGUCGCCAAACAAACAGAUCCCUUCCCCUUCUGCGAUUAGAAGCCAAAUUGGUGAUACUUACCUAUUGAGAAAUCAAUCCUCUUCACCAUCUGCUACGAGGGUCCUUCAGGAACACCUUCCUGGACAAUCUCUACCUGGUGGAUUGGCUAGUGCACUAUCGAGAUUACAUAUGCAAAAUGCUGUCAGUAACACCAGUGGACGGGUGGAGGAAGAUGAUGGAUUGGGAUUGGAAGGAACGGUUCCUUUGCCUGGUAAGAAGGUCGGUAAUGGUCAGAAUGCUCAUCAGGGACAUGAACAUGAUGAGGAGGAAGGAUUGUUCGAUAUGGAUGGUUAA